AUGAUGCUUCUGAAUACUGAGCAGGUGAAUCUAAUUGGACAGGUGUUUGAGUCAUAUAUUUUGGAACACCACAAAAAUGACCUCUUGCAAAUUUUAAGAGAAAAAGACGAUGAUACUCAUUACCCAAUUAUUGUUGAUGCUCUGACACUUUUUGAGACCAACAUGGAAAUUGGGGAAUAUUUCAAUGCAUUUCCUAAUGAGGUACUCCCCAUUUUUGAUAACGCAUUGCGAAGGACAGCUUUGUCAGUUUUUCAGUCUUUCCCCCAAGCUCAUGAUGUCAGCAUUAAGCAGAAUCUUCAUGCCAGAAUCUCAGGUUUGCCUGUUUGCCCAGAGCUAACAAGAGAAAACAUCCCAAAGACCAAAGAUGUGGGACACUUCCUGUCGGUCACUGGGACCGUUAUUCGUACCAGCCUAGUGAAGGUCCUGGAGUUUGAACGAGACUACAUGUGCAACAAGUGCAAACACGUGUUUGUGGUCAAGGCUGACUUCGAACAGUACUAUACUUUCUGCCGUCCGUCAACCUGCCCUAGUGAAGAAGGCUGCAACUCAUCUAAGUUCACUUGUCUCUCAGGAACAUCAUGCGCUCCCAACAGUUGCAGAGACUAUCAAGAAAUCAAGAUUCAGGAGCAGGUUCAAAGGCUAGCAGUCGGCAGUAUCCCUCGUUCUAUGAUGGUCGUUCUUGAAGAUGACUUAGUUGACAGUUGUAAAUCUGGUGAUGACAUAACAGUUUAUGGAGUAGUAAUGCAGAGGUGGAAACCAUUUCACCAAGAUGCACGCUGUGAUGCAGAAAUUGUCUUGAAGGCCAAUUACAUUGAAGUGAACAACGAGCAGCUGACAGGACUUAUCAUUGAUGAGGAUGUCCGCAAGGAAUUUGCAGACUUUUGGGGAAAACAUAGGAGUGAUCCCUUAGCAGGAAGGAAUGAAAUUUUAGCAAGCUUGUGCCCUCAGGUGUUUGGGCUGUAUCUUGUGAAGCUGGCUGUAGCCAUGGUGCUUGCAGGAGGUGUUCAGAGAACAGAUGCUGCAGGCACUCGAGUUAGAGGUGAAUCUCAUCUUUUAUUGGUUGGAGACCCUGGGACAGGGAAAUCUCAGUUUCUGAAAUACGCAGUAAAGAUUACUCCACGAUCUGUACUUACAGCAGGAAUUGGAUCCACAAGUGCAGGUCUGACAGUAACUGCUGUGAAGGACUCUGGAGAAUGGAAUUUGGAAGCAGGGGCACUGGUGCUGGCUGAUGGAGGCCUUUGUUGUAUCGAUGAAUUUAACAGCAUCAAGGAACAUGACAGAACCAGCAUUCACGAGGCGAUGGAACAACAAACCAUCAGUGUAGCCAAGGCAGGCAUAGUGUGCAAACUAAACACAAGGACCACUAUACUGGCAGCAACCAAUCCAAAGGGGCAGUAUGACCCUAACGAAUCUGUUUCUGUGAACAUCGCACUUGGCAGUCCUCUUCUUAGCAGGUUUGACCUCAUUUUGGUAUUGCUGGAUACAAGAAACGAAGAAUGGGAUCGUGUAAUCUCUUCUUUCAUACUAGAAAAUAAAGGUUGUCCAAGUGUGUCUGAAAAGCUGUGGACCAUGGAAAAAAUGAAAACCUAUUUCUGUCUCAUAAAGAACCUACAGCCAGUGUUGACAGACAAAAGCAACCUCAUUCUUGUCCGCUAUUACCAGAUGCAGCGGCAAAGCGAUUGUAGAAAUGCUGCCCGCACUACCAUCCGCUUAUUGGAAAGUUUGAUACGAUUAGCUGAAGCUCAUGCCCGAUUGAUGUUUAGGGAUAGUGUGACUGUGGAAGAUGCAGUAACUGUGGUUUCAGUGAUGGAGUCUUCUAUGCAAGGGGGCGCACUUCUUGGAGGUGUCAACGCACUGCACACUUCAUUUCCUGAAAACCCAAUAGAACAAUAUCGAAUGCAGUGUGCACUGAUCUUGGAGAAGCUGGAGCUGCAAGACAUUCUGUGUGAGGAACUCCAAAGACUUGAUAGAUUACAGCAUGAAAAUCCAUGCCAUUUUCAUCCCUCUCAGGAGGCAAGGGACAAUGGUCCUGAGGCAUCUUUUAGCAAUAACACACUUGAAAAACCAGAAGAAUCAUCUCAUCAGCAGUAUUCAGAUGGAGCAGACAAUACUCAAGUCCAGCCUCACUCAGCCAGAAGACACCCUGAAGAUGCUGAGCACCCAGGAGGAUUCUUAAGCAGCCAAACCUCCAAUGCACCACCACAGCAGAACAAACAUAGCGAGAACACCAGUGAUGGUGGCUUACGCUGGUUUGACAGUAUAGUGGGUGGCAGUGAAACUGAGAAGAGCAUUUGUGAGCCUCCAUUUGCCAGCACCUCUCGAGAUAGUUUGACUUUGAAAGCACCAAACAACAAACCCUAUUCUAAAGAUAGAAAUUAUUUAAUAGAAACCAAGCAUGCUGAGAUGGGAGAAUCACUGACAAGAACAGCUCCAAGGGAUACAUGCAGACAGGUAGUUGUUUCUGGCCUGGAGGGGGGAAAGAAAGAAAAGCCUCCAAGUUUCUCUUCUGGAGCAAGCAACAAAGACUCAGGUGCAGCAUUUCCGACACUACCUGAUUCGGUGGUUACCCAAGUGGCCUCUAAGAAAUGGCAGCGUGUAAACAUCAAAAAGGUGCGUGGGUUUUGUGCAAUUACACCAGAUCCUAAGGCUGCCGGUGCUCUUGCUCCAUUUUCUCCCCAUCCAACAGUUGCUCCACAGUUUCCUGCAAAUGAUUUGGGUGUUCUCCCAUCACACAAUGUGUCAAUAGAUCAGAGCUUGGUGACUUCAACCAGGAAACGAAGUAGAGAUCACCUCAAUAAAGGAGGCGUGACAGGAUGUUUUGAUGAGUCUGAUAUCCAAGAGAUAGCUGGACAAAAAGUUGCUAAACUAGCUACAUUUGUAUUUAGGCAGAAGCCAAAGCUUGCUAACUCUUCUGAAAAUGAGAAUUGUGCCAGAUUGCUGGGAACAGUUUGCAGCCCUCAAAGUAUUCCUAGAAAUGUAUCAAAGAGAGAAAGGGCCAAGGAGGAAGAUUCUGAGACAUACCAGAAAGAAUGCAAUAUUAUCAAUGGUAAUAAGAGUAUGGAGGAAAGCCCCUGUAAUAACAACAGAGAGGAGCAGCAGCAAAGGAAAGUGUUAUCCCCACCUUACACAAAAGCAAAAGGAAUGGGAGAAAAAAUUGCAGAAGGACUCAAUACAAAGAAAGUGUGCCCCAGUACAUUGGCCAAAUUAUCCAGGUUUUCCUUCGUACCAGCUGCUGAAUCCAAACCAGAGCGUGCACCUUCCUUAACUGUUGCCAGCAGUGACAUGGAAAUGCAGAGACUGCCACUGAAGAACCAUACUGAAAGUGCCAGCCACUCAAGGAAGUGCUUUGAGGUGGGAGAAGUCAGCAAAGUUACAGGGAAAUCUUUGUUUUCAUUACCAGAUUUUGAUGAAGCAGCUCUGGACUUUGAUUGGGAUGAAAAGGUUAAGAAAAACCCCAAACCUUAAAAACUUCU